AUGUCUUGUGCCGGGCUUUUUCGGCAGCGGGUCGGAGGGCGGGUAUCUUCUGCUGCUGCUCCCUGGCGCGCGUAUCGCUCACCGCAAUGUCGACGGACAUUCUUCAGCCUGUUUCGCAAGUCGCCGGCAAAGAAAGAAGAGCCCGUCCCUCUGUUGACGCAGGACAACCUUUUCCACCCGUUUUCCAAGUCGCCGUUCCCGAUGUUGCAGUCGCGCGCCAACGUAAUCAAGGGGCUCGCACCCUGCCCAGUCUGUACCGAAUCACAUGAGCUCGGCCAUCCGCAGGCGGAACCAGAGCCACGAAACGUCGAGUUCGAAUGUCCCGAUUGUGGGUGGCCGACACAUUGCUCGGAGGAGCAUUGGAAGGAGGACAAGGAGCACGACAAGUACUGCAAACGGCUGAGGGAGGCAAACGAGGACGAACAUGAUCUGAGGAGUGGCCGGAGAAUGGUCGAGUUUGAGCUCCCUGGCCCCCAAGGCUACGAAGAGGCAAUAUCGUUUUCUAAUUGGGACACGUUUUGGUAUACUCGUGGUUUCAUGUCCAUGGACACGGAACGGUCGAGAAGACAUGCGAGCAAGCUGCUCAGUUAUCCAAUUACUAUCGGCGGCGCGUUACACCAAUUCAGCCCAUUGAUGCUCAGCAACCAACGGUUGACACCAGAAGGGAGUCGCUCCAUGGCUGCCAUCAGGUCGACUUUGCAUCCACCAACUGGCACUCCCGAAACAUCCGAAGCCCAAGUUGGAAAGCCACAAGUGCGCAUAUUUAUUCUGGGGGCCCGUGCAGAGUCGUCGCUGCCUGUCCACGUUUGGGAACAACUAUGUUUGCUCUUCCCUGCUGCCCAGCUACACAUUUUCUUCAUUGGACCGCAAGUUUCUUUGCCCAAAGACGAAGUUUCCAAACAGCCACAGCCUGAAGCCCAGCCAACAACGACAACAGCGAGCCCUGCUUCAGAUGCCUCCGUUCCGGCCAAAGUCUCCCCAAUCACCGAGCUCCAAAACCGGAAAGAGUACCUGCCAAAUGUGUUCAAGCCACCUGCGCCAGUCGCUAUCGACCGCGAGAAAUACACCCGCAACGCGAUCAGCCGCUACGGCGUCCCCUCGUACACCACACCCUACACCAAGGAGCUCACGGUCACGGGACUUCGCACAGACAACUACAUCGAUGUGCAUCACCACUUCGCGGACACGCUCGACCCCUACAGCGACGCGUUCUUCUUCUUCUCGCCCGGCUUCGGAUUCCCCUCCGAGCACUCCUUCGCAGAGGACGGCGUGACACCCCUUCUCCAAAUCGCGUCACAGACCGAGUGGGGCCCCGUCCUGCCCGCGCUGCUCGAGAGCAAAUGCCCGAUAUUCGUCACGGGAUUCUCGCCCGCCGAUGUCGAGCGCGAUGUCCGGUCACUGAGCGAGGCGCCAGAGGUAGCAGGCAGGUUCGAAUGGGUCGUCACACCUGGCCCAAAUCCGUUUGGGAGUGAGAAGUGGGAGAUUGCUGAUUUUGACCCCCGCGUGAUGAUCAAGGCCAACUGGGGAAUCUGGGCGAUCAGAGGAAGGAGUAAGGAUAUUCAAGAGCGGAGUGCGUUUGAAGGGCUGUUACCGUGGGGGAGGUAA